AUGGGGUGUGAAGAUUCCUCUGGGGUGACAUAUGCUGGUUGGGUUUUCAAGGAAGGAAGUCUCGUACGGUCGUGGAAGAAACGUUUCUUGGUCUGUAAACGUGCAGAAUUAGCCUAUUACAAGAAUACAGACAAGGAAAAUCAUGCUCAAUUGCUGGGCGCACUGACAGCCGCGCAUAUUGAACGUCUACCAGAUAUUACAAAUGGUCUAUUAAUCCAUGGAACUGUAGGUCGACAGCUCAAGAUUUUUACCGAUACAAAGGCAGAAUGUGAUCGCUGUUACGAGGCAAUACUUAAAUAUUGUAAGCUCGACGAGACUUUAGGACAUGACGCACAACAGCGGAUGGGAUGGCUUGAGAAAGAAGGACAGCACUUUCGUACAUGGAAGAAACGUUAUUUUGUAUUGAAUGGUACGCAACUGACGUAUGCAGCUACGAUGGGAGCCGAAAGAUUAGGAGGUGGUCGAGUUAUUGGUGCAAAAAGAGAUCCUACGAGGCCUUUUACACUGGUAGUAACGUUUGAAGCAGGGCGAGAGAUGCGAGUUGGAGGCACGUCAGACGUUGAUAUUGAAAAUUGGCAUCAAGCUCUACGACGUGGUCUCCAGGAUACUCCGGAUCAGAGGAAAAGUCAUCGAAAACAGACGUCGACCGAUGAUGACCCGAGGAAUGUGAGGGACCGAGAGUUUGCAAAACGACAGGCGAGUGCAAAAGCCACGAACGAGAUAAGCACUGACGUGACGGAAGAAGAAGCAAGCUCGUUGUUUGAACCUCCUGUUUCCAUUGAGAAAGAUAAUGCCUUACCAACAACGCAUUCUCGUGGUGAAGCAGUAUUGCAUGAAGAGACCAAGACGGAGAGAGAUACAUCCACCCAGACUGGUGAAGAUAAAGAGAGCAAGAGCUUGCCUGAGCUCUAUGUUGCUAGCUCGUUUCGACGCCAUAUUGUAGUGGAAACAAUGCCCGACAAUACAUCCAGCUUCAUUGAAGUGGCCGAGGAACGCGAGAGAGAAGACAAUAGAGAGAAACCGUAUUCUCCCACAGCGCCAGCUACUAGCACGAUUCGCCGAAUGCGAUUGGCAGAGAAGUUACUACAGGAGGAGCUCGAGGAAGAGCGUCGGGAAGCAAUGAGGAAGGAAAACACGAUCCUUAUGUAUCCACCUAGUAAAUCAAAUGAUCCUCAAGUCAAGGCCUGUUGUUGCAUUAUCAUGUAA